UCUGCAUGACAGAAAGUUGCUAAUUUAAUCAUGAUUCUGUGUCAGUUCUUCCCCAGCUCAUAUAAGAACCUCCAUAUUUACAAAGACCCAUAAGAAAAAAUUGUCGCUUCCCUGAAUAUCCAUUCCCUCAGAGACGCAUAAAAGAGACCCACCUUUUUCUAAUCAUCGAUCGAAGAGCAGCAAGCAAUUUCCCAAGUUAAAAAAGGAAGAAUUCCCCGUCUGGGAAUUCGGAAGUCAAACUCCCACUGAUUUCGUUCUGUUUACCCUUUUCUUUGAUCGAUUCAGUUCAUAUUUCGUUAAUCUCAGAUUGAUUUUGAUCCAGAGGAGCUGUGAUUGAAGAAAACAGUAAUGGAGAAUGAGCCGCUUCUGUCCCCUCUGCAAUCCCCUGCUUCUUCUUCUCUUCUUCGGAGUCUGUACGCCGGACACUUCUUGGCCAGAUGGGGCGCUAGAAUGUGGGAAUUCUCCGUUGGUUUAUAUAUGAUCAGUGUGUGGCCCAAUUCUCUACUCUUUGCAGCGAUUUAUGGUGUUGUGGAAUCUGCUUCCACUGCUUUCUUUGGUCCAAUUGUUGGUGAUUGGGUUGAUAAGUUAGCAUACGUCAAGGUUCUCAAAAUUUGGCUGGUGACACAAAAUCUUUCGUAUAUUAUUGCUGGAGCGACGGUGGUCGCGUUACUGUUCUACUCAGAUUUGAUAUCCACCUAUUUCACAGGGUUCAUUUUGCUUGUGAUAUUGACAAAUAUUGCUGGAGCUGUUGGCGCGCUUUCGUCUCUUGCGGGUACUAUCUUAAUUGAAAGAGAAUGGGUGGUAGUGAUAUCAGAACGCCAUCCUCCUGAAAUGCUGACAAAUAUAAACUCUACGAUGAGGCGGAUCGAUCUGGUCUGCAAGCUGUUUAGUCCUGUAAUAUCUGGUUUCAUUAUUAGUUUCGUUUCUUUGAAGGCAUCUGCUGUGACUUUGGCAGUUUGGAAUAUCGUAUCGGUUUGGUUCGAGUAUUGGUUGUUCACUUCUGUGUAUGAUGGGAUUCCGGCUUUGGAAGAAAGCAGCCAUAGAAGGGUCUCAAGACUUGUUCUAAGAGAUGUGGAAGGGAGUAGUUCUGUCUCUCGAUUUCCGGAUUACGAAGAUGGACAUUCGGCUGAAACGAGCUGGAAAGUGAAAAUGUUCAACUGGUUCUCAAAGUUCCCAUUUGUUAGUGCAUGGAAGAUGUAUCUAGAGCAAGACACCGUACUCCCGGGGAUCGCUCUCGCUGUGUUAUUCUUCACAGUCCUUAGCUUUGGAACUUUAAUGACUGCAACCUUAGAAUGGGAAGGGAUACCCGCCUAUAUCAUUGGAAUUGCACGUGGAAUAAGCGCUACCAUUGGCAUUGCAGCAACACUUGUUUACCCUAUUAUACAGUCUCGAAUUUCGACGCUUCGAACAGGCCUCUGGUCUAUUUGGUCUCAGUGGUCCUGCUUACUAGUGUGCGUUGCUUCAAUAUGGAUGCAAAACAGCCUCUUGUCAGCAUACAUGCUAAUGAUCGGAGUGGCAGUGUCUCGGCUCGGACUCUGGAUGUUCGAUUUGGCAGUCAUCCAACAAAUGCAGGAUCAAGUCCCUGAAUCCGAUCGUUGCGUCGUCGGGGGUGCACAAAACGCUCUCCAAUCGACCAUGGACCUGAUGGGGUACGUUAUGGGAAUUGUCGUCUCAAAUCCUCAGGAUUUCUGGAAGCUGAUUCUGAUAUCGUUCACGGUGGUGACUUUGGCGGCGCUGCUCUAUACCGUCCACCUCUACCGUGUCCGAAAGCAUCUGUUUCACCUGGAGAAGUUGGCUUCCUGCUGCUCGAGAUGGUCACCAAGCUUCAAUUUUAAUCACUCUUUCUAAUGAAAGUGAACAAGAAUAUAGUUUCUUUCUGCUGUGUAAAUUGUUUGUGUAACAUUCUAUGAGAAGAAACGGAUCAUGUUCGGUUCAAA